UAGCUGAACGAUGUUUAAAUAUAACCACCUACGUAACAUACACAAAUCCAUAUACAUACACCCAUCCACACAUCAAAAUACACAACAUGCAUGCAAGGCACAACCAUACACACAACCCUACAAACCCUACAAAACCAACACCAUCAAACGACGCAAGGCAAGACAGCACAGCACAACACAACACAAGCUAUCCCCUCUCAAGCUCCCCAAUCCCAUCUCCCAAUCAAUUAAAUCCCACGAACCACAAAAGAGCAAAAAAACCCUGCCCGCAUUCCAAACCCCCAAUAGGGACUAAAAUAUCCAAUAAAGCACCACUCACAAACAGAGAACGAAAAAACAAAACUGCCCUAGUAUAUCUGUAUCUAUAUCUAUAUCUAUAUCUAUAUCGUAUGUGCACAAUCCCCGAGAGACUUGCGUUGCGUUGCGUUGCGUUGACUUGCGUUGCGUUGCAC